UGGAUUUGUGAACGAAAGGAACGUAAUUUUCGUUAAUUAAAGGACGGAGUCUUCGAUGAGCACGAGAAACAAGGCUGCCACUUCUUAUUCAUGCAGUAAGGAGGAGAAGCAGAGGGCUAUGCUGUUUCUGCUCGUCUUUACUGCUGUUUGAUUAACCAUGAUGAAGACUGAACCCCCAUCUGCAGCCAGCGGCAGCGCCAGCACCACCCUCGUAGCAAGAAGCGCAUCACCGCACAGAAACGCCUAUGAAGCUGGAAUUCAAUCUCUCAAGCCAGUAAAAGAUUCCAGUGCUGCUAACGGGGAGGAUGGGAAACCUCGACUACAGGGCCGGGGCCGCAGGUACGGCUCCAAUGUGCACCGCAUCAAGAAUAUGUUCAUGCAGAUGGGUUCUCCUGGGGAAGAAGAGGAUCCGUCGAAGGCCAAAGACCAGGCAAUCCGACUCUCCCUCCCCAGAGCAAGCAGUCUGAAUGAGAAUGUGGAUCACAGUGCGCUGCUCAAACUCGGCGGGACUGUGUCAGAGCGAGUUAGCCGCUUCGAUGGAAAGACCGACGGUAGCAGCUCCCAUGGACCAAGCACAGGCUUCUCCAAGCUACAGGAGACACGGAAGAUAUUUGAGCAGCGUCACCUGCAGGAGAAGCAGGCUGCGACUAAUCGAAUCCUGUUAAAGAAAGAGUGGGCGUCGGGGUUCCAAGACAGCCGUUUGGAUGUGGUGGUUCGCUUCAAUGGCAGCACAGAGUCAUUGGACAGACUGGACGCGGGGGACUGUCGAGCAGAUGCAGUGUCCCCUACAGUCAGCCAGUUGAGCGCAGUGUUUGAACGAACAGACCAACGCAACAACCUUCACCGACCAUCUUCAACCUCCCCACUGCCUUCUCACGGGGUAGGCUCUACCCCGGGCAAGGUGGGAGGAAUCAGCUCCAAAAUUGUCACUAGAAAGGGACGAGUCUCCCCUCCGACAGAGAAUCAAGAGGAGGGAGCUCAGCGCAAAGACCAAGAGGCUGCACCUGGGAGUCCGAAGAGUAGAACAAGCUUCCAAGCUGAUGGACCCAAAAGCAAAUUAUCCGAGGAUGUGGCUUCUGGCAAUGCUGGUACGGAUUUCAAUACGUCCACGUCAGAAGAGAUCCAUAAUGCAUCGGGCAAGGAUUCCAAACCAGAGGGGCAUGCAGCACCAGAAGCACCGGAUGCUGGGAGCAGACUGGUACAGGCGGAUGUCCACGCCUCUUUGGAAAAUGGGGAGGCCACCAGCAGCCAUGAGCCCUCAGAACAAAAGGAGGAAAUUGGACAGGCCUGCGCUGAGGAGGAAUCCCACAGAGAGGAUAUCUCAGAAGCAGACCUGGUGGACAUCAGCGCAUACAGCGGGAUUGGAGAGGACUCUGGUGGUAGUCAGCUGGAUGAAGAUGAGGAGGCUGAGGAUGAUGGUGCUUACGAACCAGAAUCCAGCUGUUCAGAAAUCCCUGGGCUGCCUGUAGAAGAUGAACCACCCCCCAGCAGGAAGAUUUGUUUCAGUACAAACCCCAUCAAGGUUUUCACCACAUACUCGAACGAGGACUACGACAGGCGUAAUGAUGAGGUUGACCCCAUGGCGGCUUCGGCCGAGUAUGAACUGGAGAAGAGGGUGGAGAGACUGGACCUUUUCCCCGUCGAGCUGGAGAAAGAUAAUGACGGAUUGGGAAUCAGCAUCAUCGGGAUGGGUGCUGGCGCGGACAUGGGCCUGGAAAAACUGGGAAUCUUUGUCAAGACAGUGACAGAAGGAGGAGCCGCCCACCGAGAUGGAAGGAUCCAGGUGAAUGAUCUGAUCGUGGAGGUGGAUGGAACCAGUCUGGUGGGCGUGACCCAGAAUUUUGCUGCAUCGGUCCUUAGGAACACCAGCGGCACUGUCAAGUUUGUGAUUGGCCGGGAGAAGCCGGGGGAACAGAGUGAGGUGGCCCAGCUGAUCCAGCAGACACUGGAGCAGGAGAGAUGGCAGAGAGAAAUGAUGGAGCAACGCUACAACCCCUACACGGAAGAGGACGAAGAGACGGGUGAAUAUGCCACCGAUGAAGAAGGAGAGAUGAGCCCCAUGUUUCCUAAUGCCAUCGAGGUGUUUGACCUGGCAGAGAAUGAAGACAUGCUCUCUCCUGUGGAGAUGGACCCAGAGAAACUUGCACACAAGUUUAAGGAGCUCCAGAUAAAACAUGCUGUGACCCAGGCUGAGAUCCAGCAGCUCAAGAGGAAGCUGGCUCACGCUGAGCAGGAUAAGCUGCGCUGGCGGAUGGAGAGGGCUCAGUUGGAGCAGACGGUGAGAGAGAAUAAGGAGCGGAUGGAGAAGUUGGAGGGCUAUUGGAUGGAGGCUCAGAGCUUGUGCCAGGCAGUGGACGAGCACCUGAAAGAGACACAGACACAGUACCAAGCACUGGAGCGCAAGUACAGCAAAGCCAAACGUCUCAUCAAAGAGUACCAGCAGAAAGAGAUUGAGUAUUUGAAGAAGGAGACGGCCCAGCGCAGAGCACAAGAGGAGUCAGAGGCCACCCACAAGGUGGAGACAGAAAACCUCCAGGAGAAGAUUACAGACUUGGAGUCAAAGGUUGGUGCCCUGAAGAGCUUGGAGCCGUCGUAAACCUUCCGCUGUGGAAAUGAUGGAGAGAACGACAGAAACGCCUUGAACUCCGCCCACUCUACCCUCCGACCACAUUUUCCCUCCAUGACCUGAAGAGCCUGGUGAACUACAGGAAACAUGCUGAGGGGAUGUUACCGGGGACCAAGAGGGGACAAAACAAACACUGUACCAGACGCCUGAGGGACGUCAAGCCAUCAGGAGGCCCUUUUUAUAGUCAUUUAGUCAUCUUCUCCAUUUCUUUUUAAGCGCCCUUAAAGGUAUUAUGAGCCUCUCUGCUCUCGGCAGGAAUGUAGAACCUCUUCGUUAAUAAAUGUUCACUCACUUGCUUGCAGGAGAAGAAUGAAACGGUUGCUGGACAAAGACGGCAUGCCCACAGUGUAGGAUCAGAGCGAGAGGCGGCCUGUAUAGCAGUGACUGACAAGAGGACUGUUUGUAUAUAUUCUGGCAUAUAUUUAAAUAUUAAAAUCGCUUAAGCAAUGUUCUGGGGGGGAGGAGAAGGGGUAAGGGCUUUACUUUUCACAUCUAGGCAAAUAAUACAGUGAAAAUGGUCAAUUUUUGCAUGGCAAAAGAGAUGGUAUCAAGUUUUUUUCUUUUUCUUUUUAGGACAAAAUUGGAAAACAUGGUGUGAAAACAUUUAUAGUUAGCAUUCAAGGGCUUCUCAUGUUUGCUUUCUGUGUAAAAGACAUGUUAAUGGAAGUGUAGAAUGAGUAGGGGCUUAUGGGUGAUGAUUUCUUCACAGGAGAAACAUCACUCUGUGCUUUAACUUCAGUGCUUGUGGUUAGUUGGUGCAGUGCUCAUUGCACUGCACUGUGUGCCUCGGUCAACCCUGCAAUGUCGUCUGACUCUCUUACGUAACAGAGUUUAGACUUCUGCAUCAAUCAGAAAUAUGGCCUUGUUUUAUUGCUACCCAAAACCUUUCACCAGCCCUCUCUGUUUAAGCAGACUCGUCGUGUGUUUACUCCGAUGUAAGUGCACUCAGAUUGCACUAUAGAGUCCAGGAGAAUCCUAAAGUUGUAUGCCUCUGUUGGCUGCCAUUCCUCCUCUCUCCUGAUGGACGUGGAUUGAUUCAGUAUUAUCGUUCCAUAUACUAUGAUGUGGAAUCUCCUUUUAGUUGGAUUGUGGUGUUAUAAGCCACUUUUGUCUUUGUUAUUUUGUCUUAAAUGUGUUUGUACUCCUGGGAAAACUGGAAUUUUGACACGGCAAUUUAAGGAAUUUGAGAGUUUAAUUAUAUGGUUUUAAGUUAGCAUGUUAGAGAUACUGAGCCUCAUUCGUAGGACACAAGCAGAAAUUAGGUGUCAAGUUUCCAUAAAACCACUCUUGGGGGCCAUUCACACAGAACCAACGUUUUUUCCCCAUUCCACAAAAAAAAUUUUGAGACACGUCCAAUAAAAAAAGACACCUUUUUUUUUUUUUUUUUGAAUUUUUUUGUAAUUGGAGCAAAACGCAGCUACAUGCGCAAGAUGCUUCAAAAGCCACAAGACGCCAGCGCAAAGGUCAACCACGUCCAUCUAGCACGUAUUUACAUAGAAAAACAACUGAAAAGUAGAGCAGUGAAAAAGAAAAAGGCGUUUUGGAUGAAACCACCCCCACAUAAAUGUAAGGGUUGGUUCACACAGAAUGCGUUUUGCAUUCUACUGCAUUGCUUUUUUGUUAAUUUUCUCGUAAAACGUAUGAGGGUCGCGUUUGUAAGACACUGUCAAGUGUCAACCCUGCGUUCUUUUCUUCUUCAUUAGUUAAACUGCAACGGAAGAACACCUUCUGUGUGAACGGUCCCCAAUCGGUGGAGUGCAGAUUAUUUUCUCUAGUUCAAUCAGAUAGUUGUGUCCUAUUUUUACUGUUGGGCUUCUCACGUCAACCAUAUUAAUGAAAGAGAAUCGAGUUGGUUUUUCAAAUGCCAAAAAACUGUUAUUCCCAGCUUAGUAUUGAAAACCUUAAAGAGUAUUGUAGUUCUUCCCAUUUCCCUCCUGAAAGUAUUUGUUGUUCAGCUUUUUACGAACUGUUCUCAUUUUAUGUGACUGUUCAUUUUCAUGUAGUUUUUAGUAUUUUUUUUUAUUUUUUAUGUUACAAGUAAUUUUCUGUUUAACAUUGGUUGAUCAAGCAUCAUGUUGAUCAAGCAACAGGGUAACACUGAGAA